CAAUCGAGACAAAAAUGGCGGCUGCAUUUCCUUCUGAAAGAAGCACGAAAGAUGUAAUAAAUUCGAUAUUAGAUGAUUAUGAAAAAUUAACCAAAGAAUUAUUCGAAAGUUUGUCUGCAACUUCAUUGUAUCGAACAACAAAGCAAGAUGCUAAUUCAGGAGAAACAGCAAAGGCCGUCGAUCAACUUAUUUCCAAGGAGAAAGAACUGCAAGCAGCUAUCGAGAAAGUUCAGGAGCAGCAAGCACGACAACAGGAAAUCCAAACUGUGAGGGAAGAAAUAUCAAAGAAAGACCGGGAAAUACUUAACCUUGAAUCCCAGCUAAAGGAAGCUGAAAAAAUAUUGUCCCAGGCAUUAUUUCAAGCAAAGAAAAAGUUGUCUGCCAUUAAUCAGGCCAGUAAAGGAAUGGUUUCAUCUGAAGACCUUAUCAAGUAUGCUCAUCGAAUCAGCAGCAGCAACGCUGUGGAGGCCCCAGUAUCAUGGAUGCCAGGUGACCCACGGAGACCAUAUCCUCAAGAUAUUGAGAUGCGAUCUGGCUGGCUAGGGAGACUCAUGGAAGGUGUGCCUGGUGAAACUGAAGGACCUGGGGCUGAUCGUUCAGCUCCUCAGGAAGUGGUCCAGUCGUCUGCCUCUGCAUCACAGAUGCUGCAGCCUACUGGUGGACUGGGCCUCACAAAUGGUCAAGCAGCAGCAUUUUCCUGGCAAAGCCAGCUUCCAGGAGUGCAGUCUGGACCUUUACAGCAAGAUGCAUCUUCCAGUUUGGAUAUCCUAACAAACAAUCUGACAAAGGAAGUGACCAAUGGCAGACAAGAACAAGGUGUGGAUGAAGUAGAGUUCAUGUCAUCAUCAUCGUCAUCAUCUUCCAGCGACAGCCCAUAACAGCUGACUCUGUAAAUUAUAGCUUAAAAUAAAUGUAUUAAGGACAUUUUCAAAGUUGUGGCUAUUUAAUGAAGAGCUGAUAAUGAUUUAUUGCCUUGCUGAGCUGCUUAGAUCUAAACUUAAAUUUUUCUUUAUCUUUACAGUAUGACUGUGUCUUGUUUGAUUUAUUUUAUCAUGUUCAGGACUCUGAUAAAAACAAGAGUCAGUUAUUGCUCUGUUAGUUCGGUGGAAUUGGAACUGAAGUAUUGAUGUUUUUUUGAAUAAUUGUAUAUAGCUCAUUUAGCUCUGAACUUCGACUUCAUGUGCAAUGCGUUUUCAGUUACCAACUGAGUUAGAACGUACGCAAAUUAAAAAAUUUAAUUGAGUACGUUUGAAUGCCAUGAAGUGGUCACAUGGCUAAGGAAGGUAAAAUUACUGGUUUUUAAAGAUCCGCCGUAAGACUUGCCGUGAUUUGUUUUUAUUUUAAGGCCGCGUUAAUCUUUAACAGUACGUGUAGAUGUCGAUGGUAAUAAUUUUCAUUUUCAGCUUUUAAAAUCAGAAAACUAAUAAAAUCAUGAACCUAUUGUAUUGCCAAACUCAUUAAAAAGUUCGUUGUGGCUCAGUUGAUGUAGCAGCCGACUGUGAAAUCGGACUUGUACAGGGACUCUGACUCAUUAUUUCAUCCUCACAGGAAAUGUAGAUGUUUAGGAAUUUCUUUAAGACAAAAUCCACGUGUAUAAAAAAAAAAGCAGUACAAAGCGACUUACAUUUAAAGUUUUGUUAGUUUUCAAACAAUGGCUCUAAGUCAACAAAGCUUUUAAAUUUUCCACGUGUUUACGGUUGGCACGGAAAUUGUAAUUAAUUUUUCAUGAAUCGUUGAAAACCGGCAAUCUUUUAUGCAUAGAAUUUCAUAUAAGUGCAGAGAAACCUUUCUACAUUAUCCGUCUGCAGAACUCGGAAAUAAUUACGAUAUAGUUAAAAGGACUUAAAAGGUGUAGAAACAAAUCCCCUUUAUUCUAUAUUUAUGGUGUGACUUUGCAUAAAUGCUUGUUACCAAGUUAAGAAUUGACAUACGAGUGAAGUUUUCACAGACACGUAACCAACACAAGUAGUACUCUUCUUAAACUCACGAAAAGCAAAUGUGUACAUACCUGCGUUUGUAUGAGUAACUGCCAUGGGUCACGAAGUGUUUCUACUUCUUUCUGAUUGGCUGAACAGACCGAUAUUUUGGCAAGGACUGGAUAGUACUUUGUUAUGUGAUGCCUUGGAGGUAACAAAUAAAAAAGUUAUUACAUUGA